AUGUCGAAUUUCUCAGACCAGCUCGAUGAAAUCAAAUACCUCAUUUCUUCAGCUUCGGGAACCAAAGCAAACAAGUCAUUCGCUUACUCUACCCUCUUACACCUACAGCAACAGUCAUCUGACAGCCAUGCUUCAAUUCAAACACUCGCGCGAACCUCUCAGAGUCUAAUCCAUCCAAUCAUUGCCGAUAUUCAAGACGAUGACGAAGAAAUUGUGACUCAGGCAUUGAAAUGUUUGGGCUUUAUGAUAUAUCAUCCAUCCAUUGUUGCCGAAAUUGCAGUGGAUGAUGUCAAAUUGGUUUUAGAGUCAUUGGCAAAACUCAUCACAACCACGAAAAUGAAGGCGGUUUGCAAUUUAGGAGUAUGGUGCAUAUCUGUCCAACAGUUAGCUACACCACUUUUAGCCGCCCAUUUCCAUUCUCUUUUGCUUGCAGUAGUUCAUGCAAUUGACAAUCCCAUUGGUUCUUUGUCGACGACUUUUGAGGCUAUGCAGGCUGUUGUGAAGCUAGCAUCUUUGCUAAGUGAGAGUAUGAGAGAAUUGUCGCAUAUAUGGGCUCCUCCAAUAUAUAGAAGACUUCUUAGUUUAGAUAAGAGGGAGAGGGAUAUGUCGGAAAGGUGUCUGUUGAAGAUGAAGUCUACAAUAUUACCUCCUCCACUAAAUCUUUCCAAGGCACUUUUGAAAGAUUUGAAGCCAAAAUUGCUUACUGGGAUGCACAACAUGCUGAACAAUGGCAUGAAGGUUCAUACUAUUCAAGCCUGGGGAUGGUUUAUCCGUUUACUGGGACCUCAUGCCUUGAAGAACAGGCAGUUAAUUAAUGAAAUGCUGAAAAUUCCUCAGCAUACAUUUUCAGAUCAUGACUCACAAGUUCAAAUUGCUUCGCAGGUUGCCUGGGAAGGUCUUAUUGAUGCUCUUGUUCACCCUCCAAUGGUAUUACCCUGUGAAACAAAUGAUGUAAAAGUGGACAAUGGUGUGCAACAAAUAGGAACAUACAAAGGAAACUGUGGUGAAAUCCAAAAAAAUGGAUCCUUAAAAAGCAUAAAGCUCAUUAUGACACCACUAAUAGGCAUCAUGUCGACUAAUUGUGAUGUAUCUGUUCAAUUGGCUUGCUUGAACACAUGGUGUUAUUUAUUACAUAAACUUGAUACCUCUGUCAAUGAUUCUUCAAUGAUCAGACUGGUUGUACAGCCUAUCUUUGAAGCAGUUUUUCAAAUGGAUCCUGAUGGCAAGAAGAUCUGGACAAGGAAUCUGUGUGUAGAUUUGCUUGAUGAUUUUAUAUUGGCGAAAUGUAAAGAUAUAGAUUAUGACUCGCUUAACCAGGUAAGCCAUCAGUUAUCAGCCAAAAGCUAUGCGAAUGCUCCCCUUAUAUCUGGCAAUUGCUCGUGGAAGCAGUAUCCCAUCAAAUGGUUGCCAUGGGAUCUGAGUCUGUUGGACUUUCAUUUAAAGGUGAUCUAUGUUCUUAUCUGUCAAAUGCCAGGGGAAACUGUCUCCCAUGAUAAAAGAAUUCCAGCUGCUGAUGCUUCCUUAAAGUUAUUUAGGUCUGUGUUGAAAGGAAUUCAAUUGGAGUUCAAAAGGUCGUCUAUUAGUUAUAAUGAUAUUAUGUUGUGUUUGAAUGCAAUAUUGAAGUUCAUAAAAAAUGUAUGUGAAGAAGUAAGUUCGAAUAGUAGUGACAGAAGUGACUUGCAUCACAUAUGCCUUCAGUUGGUGGAGGCUGUAGGUGAGGAGAUAGAACCUACUAUAGUGGGAUCCCCUCUUUACAAGGUGCCAUUAGACAUCAAGCAUAUUGAAUACCUGCAAGUGGUUGCUGACAUUGGAUUUGCAAAAUUGGACGUAAGCUCUGUUGCCUAUAUGGACAUGGUUUCACCAAUGGUUUAUUUAAGUGUACUUUACUUCUGUGUGGUGGUUCAGUCAACUUUGCGUGUACUCAAAACAGACUUCAUUCUGCAUAGAAUGCAGAAAUAUUUUAAAUUUAUGCUAUCAUCAUUUGAUCCCCUGGAAAGUCUAGUUGUCACUAGUGGAUUAUUGUACAAGCACAGUGGGCCUAGCUGCUUAAGUAUGUGGAUAGCAAUAGCAGAAGGUCUGAAGUUCUACAUUAAUGAUGUGAAGGGUUUUUCAUUAUUGAAAAUGGACUCUGACAGCAAAUGUUGUUUUGCCAUGUUGUAUCUCUUGUCCUACCCGCUAGUUGUAUGCUCCUGCACCCAGAAAGACUUUAAGUCAGCAAACAUUAGAAGCUCCCUGGAAGAAUCUCCUGCUUCAUUGCAGAUACAGGUUGAGCUUGAACGAGUUAUCACAUUGUGGACCUCACUCUAUGGUUCUAUGUGUACCUCGUUGCCUGGGUGUUUCACUAUUGGAAGUUUCUUUGAGGAUCUGUUUUCAAUAUUGGAUACGUGCCUUGACAAGUAUACUAGCAUGCUUGUGUGUGGCGAUGAGCUUGAGUUAAAAUGCAAGGGUCUGGAUCUCCAUCUCAUUGCCUUAUAUGGUUAUGUGUUGAUAUGUAUUUUGGAAAAUUUCCGUUCUUCAGAAAUAAGUUCAGAUGGAAAUGAUAAGCAUGGCUCUAACUACAAGGUCUCCAGUGCCAUCACAUGCUGCCUGAAAGUGACCAUUAGAUAUAUGGAGUUGUUGCAGACAAAGAUAGGAACAGACUCACCAAUUGGUCUUAGGGUGGCCUCGAGGGUAUAUUCUACAUUGGCCUACUUCAUCAGUUCCCUUCACUUGAAAGAGGAUAUCCUUUCCUUCUUUGAGUUGAUAUCCAGCCCACUGCUUCAGUGGCUGGUACUCAUGGAAAUGCAGGAUGAGAGCACCAGUGAUCAAUUUCAACUCCUAUGGGCAGAAACACUUGGUUGUUUACGGAGGAGUCAGCCUCCAAUAAUCUUUGAUUCUGCAUUUCUCAUACUCCAAGCACCCAUCCUUGAAAAAACUCUUGAUCACCCAAAUCUGUCCAUUUCAGAGCAGACCAUCACUUUUUGGAAUUCCACAUAUGGUGAACAAACCAAGUUGGAUUACCCUAAGACCUUACUUAAUGUACUAGACAAGCUCUGGAGAAAUGGCAGAAUAAACCUCCACAAGAGAAGCCUACCACUUCAAAGAUGUCAAUCUAGACCGCAAGUCGCAGCUGUUCUGCCAAGAUACAGGGUGAAUGCAACCCAUAACAGAGUCUCAAAAAGAGUAGAACUUGUAGAGGAUACCAUAGGUGGUGGUGAGCACAAGGAAAUGCCUCAUCCAAGUUUGAAGAGGAGAAGGCUGGAACUAACCGAGCAUCAGAAGGAAGUAAGACGAGCACAGCAAGGAAGGGAACGGGACUGUGGUGGUCAUGGCCCGGGUGUCCAGACUUUCACAAGUGUUGAUUUUUCGCAAGGAAAUAACAAUGAGGAUUCACAAGAGAACCAAGAUAUCCGGAAUGCAGAGUGCAUCUUGGAGCUCUUGAGAAAUGGAUAG